AUGGAUACCAUUGCCGAUUUCUGCUUAACUGGUAAUAUUGAUCCUAAACAUAAUUCAACUUUUAUUACUUUAGUUCCAAAGAAAGAUCAUAUUGAAACUAUAAAAUAUUGUAGACCCAUUUGUUUAUUAACUAGUGUCUACAAAAUCAUUGCUAAAGUGCUUACUUCAAGACUGAAAUUUGUUAUGGAUAAACUGAUAUCUCCAGUUCAAUGUGCUUACAUUGAGGAAAGACAUAUAAUUGAUGGUACCCUAAUUGCUAAUGAGUUAGUUGACUCUAGACUCAGAUCAAAAAAAGCUGGCAUUGUUUGCAAAAUAGAUCUUGAGAAAGAUCUUGAUAGGUUCUUAUCAAUGGAAGUGCUUUUGGAUACUUUAAAAGUUCAAGAGGAGUUAGAUAAGGUUGUCCCAUAUCUCCACUCUUGUCUUAAAGUUAACAAUUCAAAAACAAGACUUGCUGCCAUUGGGGAUGUUCCUGAACUUCAUACAUGGGCUGCUGAAUUAGGGUGUGCUACUGAUUCUUUGCCAUUCAUAUAUCUGGCACCAGCUUCUGUGCUUAAAAUUCUCAGUAAGAAAAUGAGAAAUUUCUUGUGGGAGCAUGAUUCUGGAUCAAAGAUUUCACAUCUAGUGCUAUGGGAUUUGGUUUUAGCACCUAUUUCUAGAGGUGGUCUAGUUUGGAUUCCUAACAAGGUUAGCACUCCACUUGGUGUUUCUUGUUGGAGAGCAAUUGCUGGCAAUAAUGUUUUAAUUGCUACAAACUCAAGUCUUAUUAUUCACUCUGGCCAGCAAAUAUCUUUCUGGAAUGAUCUUUGGAUUGGAAAUACUUCUUUGUCAGGUGCUUUCCCACUUCUAUACAAAAUCUGCAGAAACAAACGUGCAACGCUAGCUGACAUGAUUACUAUUGAAAGUAGCUGGAAGUUUGAUUUUAAAAGGUGUAUGACUGAUAUUGAAGCACUGGAGUUUACUUCUCUUCUUGUUCUAAUUGGAGAUUCUCCUCUUGUGUUAGAUGCUUUACCAGACACAAGAAGAUGGUCUCUCAACACUACAGGUAUUUUUAGUGUGAAGUCUCUUUAUUCUAAAAUGAUUGAAGCUAAGGGUGUAGAUAACUUUCCGGCUCAGUUUAUUUGGAAGUCUGAAAUUCCUCCUAAAGUAAAGUUUCUAGUAUGGUGUUUGGUGCAUGGUAAACUUAAUACAAUUGAUAAUCUUAAUCACAAAGGAAUGACACUCUACAGCUCUUGCAUUUUAUGUGGGAAUUAUGAAGAAUCUCAAGAACAUCUUUUUAUCCAUUGUAAAGUUACUAGGAAGUUAUGGCAGUCUUUAUCUCCAAGAGACUGGGCAUGGGUUUUUCCGAAUUCUUUCUUGUCAUUAGCAAAUGGCUGGGAUAAUAAUCAUUUCUCAAACAACGGUAAAUUCAUUAUGGGUUUGAUUCCUGCUGCGAUUGUCUGGGUUGUUUUCCGUGAGAGGAAUUGCAGAAUCUUUGAAGAGAAGUAUAUAAGACUGAUAUGGAUAUGA